UCCGCCUCAGCUCGCAGGUAUUUAAAAGACCUGCAGGGUUUGUAGGAACUGGCCGGUGUGGCACAGACAGCAAGACCAGAGCUCUUACAACUUCCACACUGUCCAUGGAUUUUGUUGCUGGGGCCAUUGGAGGAGUUUGCGGUGUUGCUGUGGGCUACCCUCUGGAUACAGUGAAGGUCAGGAUUCAGACUGAAGCCAAGUAUACAAGCAUCUGGUCCUGCAUCCGGGACACCUAUCGUCAAGAGCGGGUGUGGGGCUUCUACCGGGGGCUCUCACUGCCUGUGUGCACAGUGUCCCUGGUGUCAUCUGUGUCUUUUGGUACCUAUCACCACUGCCUGGCUCACAUCUGCCGCUUCCGGUACGGUAGCACCAAUGCCAAGCCCACCAAAGCUGAUAUCACACUCUCAGGAUGUGCCUCUGGCCUUGUCCGGGUGUUCCUGACAUCACCCACUGAGGUGGCCAAAGUGCGGCUGCAGACACAGGCCCAAGCUCAGACACAGCAGCGGCGGCCCUCGGCCUCCUGGACAUCUGUGGCUCCUGCUUUGUGUCCCGCACCCACUGCGUGUCUACAGCCCAGGCCCAAGUACUGUGGGCCACUGCACUGCUUAGUGACAGUGGCCCGUGAGGAGGGGCUGCGGGGACUCUACAAGGGCAGCUCGGCUCUGUUCCUUCGCGAAGGUCACUCCUUUGCUACCUACUUUCUCUCCUAUGCCAUGCUCUGUGAGUGGCUCACCCCUGCUGGCCACAGCCAGCCAGAUGUCCUAGGCGUGCUGGUCGCUGGAGGUUGUGCUGGGGUUCUGGCCUGGGCCGUGGCCACCCCCAUGGAUGUGAUCAAGUCACGGCUGCAGGCGGACGGGCAGGGCCAGCAGCGCUACCGGGGCCUCCUGCAUUGUGUGGUGACCAGCGUGCGGGAGGAGGGCCCCAGGGUGCUCUUCAAGGGGCUGACGCUCAACUGCUGCCGUGCCUUUCCCGUCAACAUGGUUGUCUUCGUGGCCUACGAGGCUGUGCUGAGGUUCACCCAGAGCCUGCUCACAUAGGCACCAGUGAGCGGCGUCUAGGCCACACAGCAGCUGGAGGCAAAGGGGAUAUGGGUGGGCUCAGGACCCUAAGGGCUGUCACCAUUAUAGCAGAGGACCUUCUGUUCAGUGACUUAGGGGAGGCCUGAGCUUGGCCUGCCCAGCUGCUGACCACAAGGUC